AUGCUGUUUGCGCACAUCACGGCGACGAGUAUGUACGAACAGGGUUAUGCUUUGUCGUCAACGUUAGGGACAUCAGGAGAUUACAACGGUAAGACCUAUCCAAAGGACUUAUGGGGACGAGUAGCCACGUUCAACAAAGUGCUGGGUGCCCCAUUCCUAGAGAAGUUGUAUCCUCACUGCUACGACGCGUUUAACAAUACAACGGAGCAAAAGCUGAUAAGCUUUGACACGCCUGCGAUCGAAGCAUUAGGCAAGAUUAACGCUUUCAAGGUUCAAGGCGAUUGGCUCGACUUCCCUACUGAAGAACUGCUGAUCAUUAUCGUCGCAUACAACGGCGAGUUGCAAGUUCAUCGACCUGCUCUCUACAAUCCCUACAGUGAGUCGCUCGCCACCGCUGCGGACAUCGUCGUCUUGAUCUUCUUCCUGUUCGCACUGGAUACACAACUCCGCAAACUAUAUCGAUAUCGCCGUUCAGGUAUUGGAAAACUUGGCUGUGGUGACGUCUGGGUCGUUAUCGAGCAUUCUUCUACAGUAGCGGUUGUUGCCUUCUGCUUUGUAAUUGGGCAUCUGAUGCCGAGGCUCGAGAUCAGCUGUCCGUUGUGA